AUGUCCUCGCCCACCAAAGUAGUGGCCCCUGCUUUCCCCUCGAGCAGUUCGACUGCGGGAGCCACGACGGCCGCUUCCGAUGACGUCGCGCCGUCGUCGGCGUCGUCAUCGCCAGCAACGCCGACCGGCCCACCGACCAUGCUUGAAGUCGUGGCCGGUGUCCAAGGUUCGCGAAGGAGGUUCAUGGCCUGGUAUUUUGCUGCUUUCACUUUGGCUACAGCGGUCAGGAUGGCGUCGUUCCACCCUGUGUGAGUGUCGAAAGCCUUGAUCGCGGCCAGGAACGCCCCAGGUUGAAAAGAAAGCGACCCGAACUGAAGCUGAGUAUCCCCGGUAUACGGAGGUAUCGCACGCACAGCAUCUUUGGGGAUUACCUCGCCAAGAACCUGGCUCCUGUCGAGAGGGAUGAUGUCCGAUGGGGCUACAUCUUGCUCGUUCGCGCUUACGACCUCGCGCUCGGCGGUUAUCUCUGGCCCAGGGUCGAUGGGCUGGCCAAGAGGGAUGGAGGUGAGUUCGGAAUUUGAGUAUUCGGCCUUGAAAAGUCCUGAUAUUCUGUCGUCUUCCCGGCACAGCUCUCUUUGGAGCGAUCAUGGCCUCCGUCUCGAGGAUUGGUCUUCUCGUUUUUGAGCGAGCCUACUUCCUCCUGUCGUCAGUGCCACAGGCAUCGGACUCGUGCAAAAAAGUUCUCGAAACUAAUGAAAAAUUUCAACUGCAUCCACGCCAGAACUGAGACGGUCUCAGCCCUCUUUUUGAUCGACCUCGUCUCGCUCAUCGCCGCCUUUUCGCUUCUUCCGAUCCUGCUCCCCCACUCGGUCGAAUCACGUGCCACCUCGUCCGCCUUGAUGCGCCUCGAGCGUCACCCCGAGCUCAUCAUCAACAUUGCGCUCUCCAUCGGUAUCUCGACUUUUGUGUGUGCCUUCCUCGGCUAUGCGGUCGAGCGACUCGGCGCGCAGCAGUUCAUCAAGGUUCGAACUUUUGAAAGGAGCGUCCCUUCCGCCCUUUUGGCGGACACGUUGACGCCCUUGCAGAUGCUCGAAACCCCGACGGUCCCGAUCCCUUCGCUCCGCCAAUUCCUCGAACCUUUAUCGAUGCCGCGACACAUCAUUCACUCCUUGUUCCUCUCCGUCCUGACGAUUCCGUUCGUUUCGAUCUUCCCUACGACCGGUUCGGUCCGACUCGCGCUCAUCGCCUUCCUCCUCGUUGCCCCUCAAACUGCGACGUUGCUCUGGGACGUCUUUCCUCUGCACGGUGAAGCUGCAUUCUACGUCGGUGCAUUCGAAGGCAUCAAAGCCGCCAUCUCGUCCGCUGUUUCGGCAUGGACGAUCGAGGAACUUCGAGCGAGAAGGGAGAGGAUCGAGACGGUGUACGCGGUCGCUUUGAUCGAGGACGAGGAUGAGAAGAGCUCGUUGUUGGUUGUGGCGGAGGAAACGGUCGAGGAAGAGCCUGCUACGAGCGCUUAG